GAACGCGGCACGGCCGAGCCCAUAAGCUCUUCAGUUCAACGGGUUGUGGCUAGUUUCGAGACCAGUUACGGUUAAGUUACGUCGGCAGAUCCAUCAUGGUCAUGGGUGUACCGCCAAGCGAAGGGCCAAAUCCGGACACAGUAAGGCGGUGUGUGAACGUGCUGCUGCUGUGAGUGAGCCGACAACAUUAGCAACGGACGUUGUUACGAACAUUUCACGUUAUGUUCUCUCAACCUUAGAAUUAGAAUAGGCGGCACCAGGUGCUCCUUCCUUGGCCACCGACUGACAUGGACCGAUCUCCAGCGAGUGCAACGGGCACGUGUGCCCUCAGCUACCUUCAUGGCCAUUGAUAAAGAUGUCUUGUAGCGUUACUGAGCGGGUAACAGACAACAGAGCGGCAGUGGGGGGUCCUCAAGGUGGAGCAGGUCCUGCUGGGACAACAGUGACCGUUACAGCUUCGGGAUGUAGACUGCGUGGAACCAGCACCAGUAACGCAAGUAUAGCAACAUCACCAAAUUCAAGGGGGAGCAUACCGAUCUCCAAUGCUCCACAAAACGGCCCCCAAUCAGGUGUCCAAGGACCUCCGCUUCGAUCCAAGCCCUGUUGUCUACUUUGGUGUUGUUGCUGCAAGUGUCCCUGUUCUAAUCCUGGCGGAAAAUCAAACGACGAAAACGGCCCUACUAAAAACUCAAAUAACUCAGACAUGAGGGCAAAUUGCGAGGCUGAACCGCUUCCGUCUCUUGAAGAAAUACGAAGCUGGGGCAGGUCUUUUGACAAGCUCAUGAGAAGUUCAGCUGGACGAGAAAUCUUUAGGGAUUUCCUAAGAGGAGAAUACUCGGAAGAAAAUAUAUUAUUUUGGUUAGCUUGCGAAGAACUGAAACGAGAAACUAAUCCUGAAGUGAUUGAAGAGAAAGCAAGAAUUAUUUACGAAGAUUAUAUUUCAAUACUUUCUCCAAAAGAGGUAUCACUUGAUUCAACUGUACGUGAUAUUGUGAAUCGUAAUAUGGUGGAACCGGCUCCACAUACGUUCGACGAGGCACAGCUUCAAAUAUAUACCCUGAUGCAUCGGGACAGUUACCCACGUUUCGUCAACUCACCGUUAUACCGAUCGUUGUCUCAACAACAGACUGGUUCCUCGGGUCCCCAAUCUGCUGUGACAACGGCCUUGGUCACAACGGUCUCUUCCGGGGACCAGGACGGUUAAAGCCGUCUCCAGUUUCAACCACGGCGGCCUAACGAGAGACUCGACAGUCGACAAUAACCUCGGCGGGCGACGGUCGACUAUACAGGGCGUCUGAAGCAUGACUGCCACGGCCGACGCCUACAGCCGAUUCUUCGGAUCAUUCCUCGCACAGUGCACGGUGACAUGUGACCGUAUUUAGGGCCACAACGCCACAAAACCCCAAAAACACAGGACGCUGUGAGAUGUGUUUGCAUAAAUCAGUUUUCGGCACAUGUUCACUUUGUACGAUAGCAAUCAUAACUUUGGACUGGACCUCAUAGUCGCUCACUUCUUAAAAUUAGUGUUGUGUAAUAAUAACGAAAAAUUAUGGUUCAUCUCACUAAAUGCUGGGUAAAAAAGCUGGAUGGUUUCGGUUAGGCCACUGUAAAUGUCUCUUACUAACUAAAUUUUAAUCAUAAACCGCUUGCACGGUUUUUCUGUCGGCUGUGAAAUAUCACUGACACCGAACUUUAGAGUAAAUUCGAAGGAAUCACACAAGAAGCUAUUCAUAACACGUAUACAGUUGUUGAAUAGCUGUAGACGCGUCAAUAGUUAUUAAAUUGUGCAAAUGGUUUGUCAUCUGUAGGAGAGUGUUCCUGAAAUAGCUGCCGCUGAUUCGAUCUCUUCUGUUUUUCAGUAGAUAUUAGCUAAAAUAUUGUUUAAAUACCUGAGAUGGCUGAAUUCAUCUUCAGGAACACUCUACAUGUCAACACUCGCCAUUUUUAAUUGAAUUUAUCGAUUUCAAAAUGAAUCUUCAGCAGUUUCAAUCUUAAUAUGCCAAUAUUAUAAAUGAUAUAAAAAUGCGGCAAAAGUUUGAAAGUCCGAAAUCCAGGAAAAAGUAUUGGAGUUGAAUUUCGUUCAAAUUAUACGUGGAAUAUGUGUCCACACAAUAUAUAAUCGUCUGAAACAGUGUUGUCUAGGAACAUUAAUUGUAAAUUAAGGUAUGUGCGUGUUUAUAUAUUAAUGAUAGAUAUCAUCGAAGAUCAGUCAAACUGGAGGUAAGUUUUUCUGAUGAGCUAGUUGAAUAUAUACAUAAUAUAUUCUGCUGGAUUUCUGAAACUUCUAGUAACUAAUAGAAAUGUCCGUUAGCCGCAUCAGCGCAUCAGGCCGACUGAAAUCAAAUUAAUAUUCAAUAAUCAAGUUAAAUAAUAAAGUAUAAUACAGAAAAAGAAAGCAAUAUCUGAUAAAAUGUCUGAUAGAUAAAAGGUAAAACUGAAACCUAUGGAGUAAAAUGAAUCCAAAAACAAGUACUUUUCCCAGUCACCAGAAAUGCAAUAGGUACUCUUCUCGACGCUCGUUUCAGCAACCAAGUUGGAGGAGUUCAGGAGAAGAAAAAAACGUGGUUGGCGAGUCGAAAAGAGUAUUGCAUUUCUGGUGAUUCGGAAAAGUUUUUGUUUUUGGAAUAGUGACAGGCACGAUUUUAUAUUCCUGAUAGUAAGAACUGUCUAUGGAAAUAUCUGUAUUAUUCAGGAACUAAUAGUCAUCGUUAUUGUCAUUAGUGAUGCCCUAGUGAUUAAAAUCAAUUUUGGAAGUGAAAAAAUUUUUAAGUGUACUUACGUAUUUUGAUGCGUAGAUUACGAAUCCGAAAGAAA